GAUGGAUAUUUUGGCAGAAGAGCGAGAAGGAAAAGUUCGCGAGAUUGGACCCAAAGCAGUGUGGUCACUUUCUUCUUGUAAGCCUGGCUUUGGUGUGGAUCAACUCAGGGAUAAUUGCUUAGAAACAUACUGGCAGUCUGACGGUCCUCAACCUCAUUUAGUUAACAUCCACUUUCGUAAAAAGACAACCGUCAAAGAUGUUUGCAUUUAUGCUGAUUACAAAUUGGAUGAAAGCUACACUCCCAACAGGAUUUCAGUUCGUGCAGGAACACAUUUUCAUGACCUCCAGGAAUGUGAAGUUAUAGAAUUAAAUGAACCAACUGGAUGGGUGAAGAUUCCACUAAAAGAUGCAUUGGAUCAGCCGAUACGUACCUAUUUAGUUCAAAUUGCAGUACUCUCUAAUCAUCAAAAUGGGAGAGAUACCCAUAUGAGGCAAAUUCGUGUACAUACUCCUGUUGAAAGUAAUUGCGUUUCAGCAAUUAAAUUUCCGAUGUUAUCUAGUGUUGAGUGUUCUGCAUACAGUACUAUUAGAUAG